AAGCCACCUACAACCACUCGCCCCACAGGUCAAGAUCGGCACCGCGGAAUCAAAGUGCAAGUUCCCUCGCGGACCGCGAUUCCCUCGCACUCCCACGCACCCACCCACCAACAGAACACCAGCUCGCGGGCGGCGCCGCGGGCGCCGCUCCCCGGUCAGCACCACCACCAUGUCCGCCAUGGCGGCGACGGCCACCGACCGCCCGCACGUCCUGGUCGUCCCCUACCCGGCGCAGGGCCACAUGAUCCCGCUCCUCGACCUCGCUGGCCUCCUCGCUUCCCGCGGCCUCCGCCUCACCGUCGUCGCCACGCCCGCCACCGCCCCGCUCCUCGCGCCGCUCCUGGAAUCCGCGCGCCCCGCCGGCGCAGCCCGCGCCCUCAUCCUCCCGUUUCCCUCCCACCCCGCCUUCCCAGCGGGCAUCGAGAGCGCCAAGGGCUCGCCGCCCUCGCUCUUCGGCGCGCUCAUCGUCGCCUUCGCGGGGCUGCGCGGCCCGCUCGGUGCCUGGGUCCGCGCCCGAUCGGACGGCCCGGAGCGUGUGGUCGCCAUACUCUCCGACUUCUUCUGUGGGUGGACGCAGCCGCUCGCGGCCGAGCUCGGCAUCCCGCGGUUCGCGUUCUCGCCGUCCGCGGUGUACGGCACCGCCGUGCUGCACUCGGUGUUUCGCCGGAAGCCAAAGCGCGAGGACGAGGACGACGACGAGAGCCCGAUCGACUUCCCGGAUAUCCCGGGCGCCCCGGCGUACCCGUGGCGACAGAUGUCGCUGCUGUACCGAACGUUCAUCGAGGGCGACGAGGUCUCCGAGGGGGUGAAGCGCAACUUCCUCUGGAAUCUGGAGAGCUCAGCGUUCGUGUCGAACACGUUCCGGCGGCUCGAGAAGAGGUACCUCGACGCACCGCUCGCGGACCUGGGCCUCAGGAGCGUGCGCGCGGUCGGGCCAGUGGCUCCGGAGGCCGACGCCUCGGGCAACCGUGGCGGGGAGACCGCCGUGGCCGCGGCCGACCUGUGCGCCUGGCUCGACAAGUUCGCAGACGGCUCCGUCGUGUACAUCAGCUUCGGGAGCAUGGCGGUGCUGCAGCCGCUCCAUGCGGCCGCGCUGGCCGCCGCGCUGGAGCGCACCGGGGUGGCGUUCGUGUGGGCUGCUGGGCCAACGGUGACACUCCCGGAAGGGUUCGAGGAGCGCGCGGCGGCGGGCGGCAGGGGCAUGGUGAUCCGCGGGUGGGCACCGCAGGUGACCGCGCUGCGGCACCGCGCGGUGGGGUGGUUCGUGACGCACUGCGGGUGGAACUCGGUGCUAGAGGCGUCAGCGGCUGGGGUGGCCAUGCUGGCGUGGCCCAUGACGGCGGACCAGUUCGUGAACGCGCGGCUGCUCGUGGACGAUCUGGGAGCCGCCGUGCCGGUGGACUGGGGCGGGCUUAAGGCCGCGCCGGACGCGGACGCGGUCGCGCGGGUGCUGGACGCGGCCGUCAGCGGGAAGGAUGGUGGCCAGUGGGGCGACGUGGCGGCGCGGGCGAAGGAGCUCGCUGAAGAGGCCGCAGCGGCGGUGCGCGAAGGCGGCGGGUCGCGGCGGGAGCUGGAUGAGCUGGUGCAGGAGUUGCGCGAGCUUGGGAGCGAGCCAAAGCACUAGGUGGGGCCAGCUGCGAGAGUCAAAACUGCUUCCGUCUUCGUGUCGACAGGUCGUUGCCGGCCGAUGGUAGCAACGGCCAAGCAGAUUAUGAGAAUUUGGCUUUGUUUCAGCAGAAAUGAUUUAUUACUCGUGUUCAUCACGACGUCGCACUUCUCAAAGUCUCCGCCGUGAAAUUUAGCUAGGCACUCCCCGCUAUAAAUUUGGAUUUGGAUGGACUUUGCGUGAUCAUAAAACGUAAUUAAAAUACAAAUUAUGGGUUUA